AUGCCUGUGCUGACUGGCAAGCGCAGGAGGAAGAUUAGGACUGACGAAGAUGAGAGUGCUACUAGUAGUCCGCAGGAUAAGAAAGUCCGCUUCGAUGGAUCUCAGACGGAAACCACCCCUGCACCAACGACGGCUGUGACUGAAUCAGAGGAAGACUCAAGGGCGCCGGAUAAGAUAUGCUUGACGGCCUGGUGUCAGCACGGUCGAAUGGCUUGCGCAUACUACGAUCCCAUCAAGUGCAUAGUCUAUGUGCUCGAAGACACUCAGGAGACGCCUCACCUUGACUUAACCCAGACGCUGCUAGAGCAAGCGCAACCCGAUAUUAUACUGACUAGCUCGCGCGGAGACGAUGAGUUCAUUGACAAGCUACGAGAUCAUGCCGAAGCAUCCGGCGGUCACUUCCAGAUCCGCCCCCACAAGGAAUUCAACACCGCGAAAGGACGCGAUCGACUCUUCUCCCUACCCUUACUAUCCGAGCUGCCCGCGCAGUACGAUCAGGGCGCGCCAUCGUCCGACUCGGGCUCUGGUGGCUCUUGCCUUCGUAACGCCUACGACUUCAUGCGCAGCCGACGCAACGCUGACGGCAAUGGUGGCGAUCCGACUCUCAAGCGCUGGAAUGCAUCUAUACGUCUCGCCAACUUCGCGUCAGUGGACUCGUCGCCUCUUUGCAUCGCAUGCGUUGGCGCCCUGCUCGAUCAUCUUGUUCGCGAGCGCGCCGUGAACGAUUUGGAGGAAGAGGGGAUUUCGGGUUUGGCGAUCCGCGACAUCGAGUCGAUUGCCCUGAACAAGAUGAUGCACAUCAACGCAGAUGCUCUGUACUCGCUCGGUAUCUUCGAGGACGAGUCCCACGCCUCGAUUCACAGCGAUAAGACCAAGGAAGGACUGUCACUAUUCGGUAUCAUUAACACCACAAAGACUACCCUCGGCCGCCAACUCCUAAAAACCUGGUUCCUCCGCCCCUCGCUCUCCAUCCCCGUCAUCACCGCCCGCCACGACGCCAUCGACUGCUUCCUCAGCCCCGACAACAACUCGCCCGUGCGCUCGAUGCACGGCCACCUCAAAGGAAUCAAGAACGUCCCGCGUAUCCUUGCGACUAUCAAGAGCGGCGGCGCGACGCUCGUCGAGUGGCAAGGGCUCGUAAAGUUCACGUUCCAUGCGACGAUGAUCCGGGAGGCGUUGACGGAGCUGCAUGGUGCGGGCCAUAUUGAGGUCGUGAAGAAGUUGUUCGGCGUCCUUGAUGCGGCGGCCUUUCACGAGGUCGGCUGUAAGGUCAACGAUAUUAUCGAAUGGGACGAGUCCACGGAGGCUGGCCGCGUCUGCGUACGCAUGGGCAUUGACGAGGAGCUUGAUAAUCGGAAGCACGUAUACAACGGAAUUGAUUCCGUUUUGUCAAACAUAGCAGAGCAGAUGUCACAGACGGUUCCUGCCGAGUACGCCGAGUCGUUGAACGUGGUGUAUUUUCCGCAGCUCGGCUUUCUAGUCUGCGUGCCAAUGCUUGAAGAUUGGAAGGACGAGCAGGGUAUCCAGGUCAUGGAUGGGUGGACCUUCCAGUUCUCUUCUGAGACUCACGUAUACUUCAAAUCUGAGGAGAUGCACGACAUGGACGUCCAUAUCGGCGACCUUCACUCGCUCAUCGUCGACCGCGAGAUCGAAAUCGUGCAGGAGCUCCUCACCGAGAUCCUCGUCUACUACGAAGAUAUGACUGGAUCUUGCGAUGUCCUCCUCUCCCUCGCUGACGCCUGCCGCGCCUUCAACUACCGCCGCCCCAUCAUGGUCGACGAGAACGUCAUCAUCAUCAACGGUGGCCGACACCCCCUCCAAGAACAAGUCGUCGACACCUUCGUCGCCAACGACACCCGGCUCGCUGGCGGCCUCGGCGCGCACGUGCAGAUGGACAGCGAUGACGGGGAGGAGAACGAGGACGGGGGAAGGGGAAAGACGGAGUUCAUGAAGCCGGUGGCGCUGUGCACGGGUGCGAAUGCCUGCGGGAAGAGCGUUUUCGUCCCGGCGGACUCGGCGACUUUGGGUCUUGUCGACAAAAUUUUCACGCGUAUAUCGACGAGAGAUUCGGUGUCAAAGGUCCAAUCGGCGUUCAUGAUCGACCUGAACCAGGUCUCGCUCGCGCUACGCAACUCAACGGCUCGCUCUCUAGUUCUACUCGACGAAUUCGGCAAGGGAACUAUCUCUACAGGUCAUUCUCACUGCUCCACUCGCUCGCUCGCUCGUUCUCUCGUCCAGAUUCUGUCUUCGUCGAGCUUUGCUGUUUGCCUGCUGCUCUCUCUUCGUUCCCUCGGCGCCUUGGACGGCGCCGGCCUCUUCUGCGGUGUCCUCAAGCACCUCCUAGACCGCGGCUCCGACUGCCCCAAGGUGAUGGCUGCGACGCACUUCCACGACGUCUUCCGCGAAGACCUGCUCGACCCAGAGUCGGUCCCGAUUGCGUUCCUGCAUAUGCAGGUGAUGUUCGAGAAGGAGGACGCGACGUUCGGUGGGCGUCAGAAAUCCUUCGGUGAACGCCAGACCUCGUUCGGACAACCAGGAACUGCUGCCAGUCGACCCGAUACAACUGCCAGUCGCUACGAGACGCCUUUCAGCGGACGCGAUACUCCUGUCGACGGCCGACUAACCACGCCUCUGCCGAGCGCGCCCGUGCGAGGGGAGAAGAUCACCUAUCUGUACCGCGUCGCUGAAGGGCUGUCGCUCAACUCGCAUGCGGCGCAGUGCGCGGAGAUCUUUGGGUUGCCUGCGGAGAUUUGUGCGCGGGCGCAGUAUGUGAGGUGCGGCGUGGCUCCACGCGUUCGAGGCUUUCGUUGUUCCGUUCCGUGGCCAUCCUGCUCCUCCGCUCCGACUGUCGUUGCCGGAUAUCUCUCUCUAAUGCCUGCGUUAUACGGAGUUUCUUCGACUGCCGCUCCUCAGCUACGCUACCUGCAGCUUUUUGCUGAUGAUGAUCCAUCGUCCAGCCGCCUGAUCUCGACGCACGAACUAGGGCAACUCCUUGACGAAGAGAUGUCGGAGAAGGAGCGCGACGAGCUCGAAGAGGCGGAAGCGGUCUGUCGCCGGUUCCUCGCGUGGAACCUCGGCGAGGACGAUGGGACGGAGGUGAAGGCGAAAUUGGCGAAGGUGCUGGGGAGGGAGGAACAGGAGGGCGAGUGA